AUGGAGCCGAAUACCUGUAAAACUAGUGAAUCAGAGGAAGACUAUAAUGAGGAAGAGGAAUCUGAGGAGGAAUGUAUUAAAGAGGAAGAUACCAUCCCUUCUAACCCUUCUCAUGAGGCACUCUUAAAGGCUGACUACAAGGCAUUUAGGAAUGCAGUUUCCUUAAUUAUUAUAGCCAAGAAAAUUCCAACUGACCCACAGGUGUUAGAAGAUGGGAGAAGAAAGAAAAAGCUGAAACGCAGACCUUUAACCAUCAAUCUGACCAACUGUAGAUAUGAGAGUGUGCGACGGGCAGCACAGGUAUGUGGCCUGAAGGAGGUGGGGGAGGACGAGGAGUGGACCGUGUACUGGACGGAUUGUUCUGUGUCACUGGAACGAGUCCUGGACAUGAAAAGAUUUCAGAAAAUCAACCAUUUCCCUGGAAUGACAGAAAUCUGCCGCAAAGAUUUGCUGGCUCGGAACCUCACCCGCAUGCAGAAGCUCUAUCCUGCUGAGUACAACAUCUUCCCCCGAACCUGGUGCCUCCCGGCAGACUACGGGGACUUCCAGUCCUAUGGUCGUCAGCGGAAAACCCGCACUUAUAUCUGCAAGCCAGACAGUGGCUGCCAGGGACGAGGCAUCUUCAUUACCCGCAACCCCCGGGAGAUCAAGCCAGGAGAACAUAUGAUCUGUCAGCAAUACAUCUCCAAGCCAUUCCUCAUUGAUGGCUUCAAGUUCGACAUGCGAAUCUACGUCCUGAUCACGUCCUGUGACCCUCUUCGGAUCUUCAUGUAUGAGGAGGGCCUGGCCCGCUUUGCCACCAUUCCCUACAAGGAGCCCAACAGCACCAACCUGGAUGAUGUUUGCAUGCACCUCACCAACUACGCCAUCAACAAGCACAGUGAGAAUUUUGUCCGGGAUGAUGCUGCGGGCAGUAAGAGGAAGCUGUCAACACUCAAUGCCUGGCUUCGAGAACACGGCUAUGACCUUCGAGGGCUGUGGCGGAGCAUUGAAGACAUCAUCAUCAAAACCAUCAUCUCGGCCCAUGCCGUUCUUCGCCAUAACUACCGAACCUGUUUCCCCCAGUAUCUGAGUGGAGGUACAUGUGCAUGUUUUGAAAUACUUGGUUUUGACAUCUUGCUGGACCACAAGCUGAAGCCCUGGCUGCUGGAGGUAAACCACUCUCCAAGCUUCACCACGGACUCACAUCUUGAUCGAGAAGUGAAGGAUGCUCUUCUCUGUGACGCCAUGACCCUUGUCAACCUCCGGGGUUGUGACAAAAGGAAGGUGCUGGAGGAGGACAAGAGGCGAGUCAAAGAGCGGCUUUUCCAGUGCCACCAAGAGCCAAAGGAAGCCAGGCGAGAACAAACUCAAUCGUUCUAUGCAGCCUUGCAGGACCAGGAACAAUAUGAGGAUUCCCACCUGGGGGGAUACCGACGGAUCUACCCUGGAUCGGAUACAGAGAAGUAUGCACCCUUCUUCAAGCACAACAGCUCCCUCUUCCAUGAGACUGCUGCUUCCAAAGCCAGAGAGGAAUGUGCCAGGCAGCAACUGGAAGAGAUCCGCCUAAAGCAGGAACAGCAGGAGAAUGCGGACAUUAAGAAAAGAAAGGAAAACAAAGACCAGAACCAGGGGGAAUCAGCAGGGGAGAAGAGCCGACCCAGGGCAGUGCCUCAAGGCCUUUUCACCCAGCUGGUUUACAGGAACCAGACCCAGGAUAAACAGCUGCUGCCGGUACACCAGGACACGAUGCAGCCUCAGGAAAUUGUGGAAGAGGAGGAGAGGGAAAGGACCAAGGCCCUAUUACAAAGGGAGAAGCUCAUUCGAAGCCUUGGUAUUACAGAGCUGCUCAGCCGCAUGCUGCAUCCCAACCAGGCAGUCCAGAGAAAAUUAUAUGCAUAUAGGCCUAGAUUAUCCCAGGAUGGGCUGGGCAGUCAAGAACUGCAAUCUAUGAGUCUGGUCCCACUGGUAUUCUUGAGAGGGGCCUCCAAAGACCAAGGUCUUCCUCAUUUCCUGCGUCCAGUCCCGACCCAUGAAUUGAUUCCCAGGAUCUUAGAGCCACUACCAAGCAUGAAUGCUGCAGUUCCACAUCAUCCGCAGUAUCAUCUACUGCCUAAGACCUACAACUGGACAGAACCAACAGUCAAAGGACCCUGUUCCCUGUUAAUGAAGAGAUUUGGGAGGCGCUGCUUUCCCAAUGCCAGAAUCUCAUUCGCUUGCCAAGGACAAGCCAGCAGAAGGCUAGAAGCCAUAAACCACGUCCUAGCCAGAUCGGUGCCACCCUCUUUAACUGCGAAGCAGGGCUAUCUUAAGUGCCCAGGAAGAGUGGCAAGUAAUCCUUGGACCUUGCCCUCCAUGGUGGACUCUCCGCACAGGGCAGCCAAGGAUGGAGACUUCACCCUGUACCCUGCCUCUGCACCUGGGCAGCAGCGUCCCGGCACACUCCUUAACAUCAUCCAGCCCAGGUGA